CGAUCAAGUCGCUCCUCUCAGUUCAUGGUCGCCGAUAUGCAAAUUAAUGAGGGAGCGCGCUCGUGCGUGCUCUUUGUGCACCCGAACGGCGCCGCUGUCAGCCGUCAGCAGGGAAUGGCGAUGGAAGCUGCGUUUCACGAGCGGCGCGGCACACGAUCCCUGUCGUCGUCUAGCGCGUCCCCGAGUCCGAGCGCGGUCUUCUUCGACCUGGACAACACUCUCGUGGAGACCAGGAGAGCGGACGGUCAGACUUGCCGCAAGUUGGCUGAGGAAUUGAUGCGAGAAUACGGUAUUCCGGAAGAUGCGUCGACCAAGAUAACAGCUACGUAUCUGAAACAAUUUAGAAAGUGUCCGGACAACGCGACCCUCACAUUGGACGCCUGGCGUACCAUUCUUUGGAGCAAGGCGCUGGGCCAUAAGUACUCGCAUCUAGCAAAAAAGGUUUACGAAAGAUGGCUCUAUUUAAGAUACCAUUACAUGAUGCUGACGCCGAACACAGUUUCUAUGCUGCGUCAAUUCAGAAAGAAGUAUCUGCUGGGUCUGAUUACCAACGGCCCGUCAAAUGCCCAGUGGGAGAAGGUGUACAAACUGUCGCUGGAGCAAUACUUCGACGUUAUCCUGGUGUCCGGUGAUCUGCCGUGGGAGAAACCAGAAGCCGAGAUAUUCCAAAAGGCUUGCCAUUUUCUCAACGUGAGACCCGAGGAGUGCAUCAUGGUCGGUGACAAGUUGGAGACCGAUAUUUUAGGUGGGAUCGAGGCUGGAUUAUACGGAACAGUGUGGAUACCUACUACCGAUAAACCUCGUCUUUCGGGAGACGAUCCUAAGCCAGAUUUUACAAUAAGACACGUAACAGAACUUCUCCGCAUAUUGGAGAGAGGUCCAAACGCGCCGGAGUUCGAAGACUGCUCUUCAAAUGGAUCCGAUGGCAGCUAAUGAGAAGACGCGUGUUAUAUUAAUUUUUUUUUAAUAUAAAACGACUUGAAAAAUGUUUGCAAGCAUUCAGUGUCUUACUGAGAUCUUAUAGGAUCUUUCAGAUUUUUGUUGUAUGUGUUAGCGUUGUUUUUUUUCUAUUAUAUAUGUGUUUUACGAUAGCACUCGAAAGUAGACGUAGAUCGUCGUUAAUAUAUUGAUUUCUAUUAGAAACAUUUUUUUAAGUUUUUAUAUAUUUAUCACAGUCUACAGUUUUCGAAUUUUUAUGAAAUUUUCAUAAAAUAUGCUACAGUCUAUCUAUACUGUAUAUCGAUACAACACACAGUCCUAUAUUUCGUUAUUUCGUAGAGUAAUUAAAGACGAAAAAGCAGCUUAAAAAAUGCAGUUAUUUUGAUAAUAUUAUAUAUUAACAUUUUAUAAAACUUGUUUUAGAUGACGAGAGAACCACCGCUAUAUUUGUAGUGAUUUAGCAACUUACCGAUUUAUUUUGCAAAUAGAUGGCAAGUGAGAUAUUUUUCAGUUACCUUUUCGAAGUUACCUUCUCAAAGUUAAAAUAAUUAUAGUGUAUCGAAUAAGGGAGACAAAGCUCAUGUACAAAACAAAAUGCACAAACAGAGCCAGUAGCUGUAGAUAAAUGAACAAAAUGCAACCAUACACAAGUAUUUUAUCGUCCGUACAAUUUAAAAAAAAAACGCGCUGUAAUAUAUAUAUAUUUUUUUAAUAAGAUACCCGCAUAAUAUAUUACAUAUAAAUCUCCUGUUGUACAAACACGUAACAUUUGUAUAUCUGUACAUAGAUAUGCACAGAACGUUGUAUAUGUGCGGCUACAAAUGUACAUGGUAUAUUUUUUCAUGUGUAUAUUUUAUCUCUGUUGAGAAUUCAGCUUGUUGGAUGUUCUAUGAACCGCAGAUCCUCAUACAGACGUAUUGUGAAACCCGAUAUAAGAAAACAGAUGUAUAUGAAUAAAGAAAAGAUAUAUGUACGUGUGAA